AUGGACCAGGAUCACUCUUCUGUAUACAAACCUCUUCAGCACGACCAAAUACGAUUGGUCAAGUUUAAUCGCGAUGGCGGCACCGGCGGCCAAACGUCCGCUAUUCUCGAGCCUUUCCCGCUUCAAGGGCCCGUGCCCCCUUAUCAUGCUCUCUCCUACACUUGGCUGUGCGAUACGUUGGGUGUCGCCGCAAAAAACCACAACACCAUCGAAAUACGGAAUCAACGGCUCCCGGUCCUCGAUGCAUUGCAGCCCUUUUUUCACGCCCUUAAUGCGAAGGCUCCCCUGCUCGACAAUACGUGGUGGUGGAUCGAUUCAAUCUGCAUCGACCUGGACAAUGUAGAAGAGAGGAGCCAGCAGGUUCAGCUCAUGGGGCGGAUCUACCGCUCUGCUCACAAGGUCGUUUUCUGGCUGGGCAGGCAGUCGGCCGACCAGGACGGUGUGAUCGACUUUAUCGAAAUCCUCAACAAAACCAUCAGGAACCAAAUACACAGCCCAGAGGAAAUCCGCGCCAUCUUUCAGCAGCCGGAGUACGAGCCACGCUGGGCUGCGCUGACGGGUUUCUUCCGGCGGAGAUGGUGGACUAGGGUCUGGACACUGCAAGAAUACGCACUACCCACGAGUGUCGAGUUCUGGUAUGGAAUGAGGUCCGUUAGCAGGACCGCCGUCGACGGUGCUCUGAUGGCCGGAGACCAGUGUACGGGCGCCGCCUUCAAGGGUACCCUCGCCUUUCGGCACGGUUUCAACCGGAGAAGAGUUCAAAGAUUAUACGCCCUGGGCCAGGGCACCAGAUCUGUCGCAGCUCUGGUCGCCUACGGGUCGUGCUUCGAGUCCACCGACGACCGAGAUCGAUUAUACGGUAUCAGGGCACUCGCCACGGACUCCUUUCUCCUCAAGGUCGACUACUCCCUCAGCGUCGAACAAGUCUACCUGAAUUUCGCAAAGUCUUUCAUCGACUACUACAAGUCUCUGGAUAUAAUAUGCUUCGCUUCCUUGUACAGCGCUGCUUCGUCCGGCUCUUCAUUACCAUCCUGGGUCCCCGACUGGCGAGCAAGGGUAGACCCUCUCGUGGUUCCGUUGAUGGCCAGUCAGAGUGCAAAGACCCAUAUCGGCAACCUCCGACCUCCCGAGGGAGUUUCUCAGUCCAGCGACCUUCCAGUUUGCUAUGCUGCUUCCAAGGACAGCCUGGCCGCGUACGAGUUUGAGGGCUCAAAGCUCGUCGCUCGCGGAACUGUCCUGGACACCAUCGAUGGAUUAGCCGGAUCCAGGAAUUCUGAACUAGUCCAGAGUUCCGCGCCUGAUUCAACACACUUGGAAUACUCGCCGUCGGCCAUCCUUAAAAGUGUGAGCAGAAGUCUGGUACAAGAUCGAAGAGACAGGUACUUGCGAUUUGCUAUGCCUAGCGAGGAAUUUUUCCAAGACUUCAUGUGUCUGUGUAAACAGUCUAUUUCCGAGGCGACACCUCUUCCCGUGCCCAAGGAGUUCCGGGAAUGGCUUGACUGGACCAAACCUCUUCGGAUCCGCGGACAUAGUUUUGAGAGCAUCUUGAUGGACAGCAAGGAAGCCGAAUUCAGCAGCAAAUCAUCAUCGUCCGCUCCGAAUCUAGACGAGUUCAUCAUGAACACAUUCUUCAACAGAUUCUUCGACACGGUCGUGAGGAUGUCACUUCGUCUGACAGUGACUCACAGCGGACACAUCGGCCUGGCUCCGGCUGCGGCGAGGAAGGGCGAUCUGGUUUGCGUGUUGUACGGCUGUAGCGUCCCUGUGUUGUUACGGCAAUCUGAAUUCGGGGAUAGCUUCACUUUCGUAGGAGAGUGCUUUCUAGAUGGUUUUAUGGAAGGGGAGGGUUUGGAGCAACCUGAUUUAGCGGAAAGGGUGUUUUGUAUCGAGUAAGAGAACCCCCUUUGGGGUAUGGCGAUUUCGGUCUGCCACUGCGAUCGACGAGCAUAAUAGUGCCCAGGCCUUUGAGAUUAUAAGCGACAAAGGGUUUAAUAGGGCUGGCGCGGCUUGUAAGAUGUGAAAAAAAAAAAAAAAAAAAAAAAAAAAAAGGAUGCAAAUGUCACGACG